GAAAGUACUUUACAUUCAAACUUCUGUGUCGGUAGGCGUGAAAAGAUUUCAACUUCUUCUGAGUUGGUGUCUAGUUAUUUACUUUUUUCAUAGGCACAUAAGAUAUAGUUUCAGCAUAUCGAAGUACCACGCUUGUUGGCUUCUUUCUUGUGUGCGCGUUUACCAUCAGUUCACUUCUUAAUUCUUAUAACCGAUUUAUGUUAUCGCAGUAGUCUUCACUCUUCUUCAUAAACAGAUACGUUCGGUAUUUAGACUUGGGUGGACGUUGUUUUUAAAUUAAAUCGAAGUGCAAUGGCGUUUUCAGUAAUGAGAAACGGUGUUAGGCUUACUAAAAAAAUUUUCGAUAAAGAAGCGGCUUUCAGUAAUAUCACCUCCAAUGUGAGAAGGGAAUUUUCUAUCAACAAGUUCCAAUCAUGUAGAUGCGUUUCUAUGCUCAAAGAAACUUCUCCAGUUAAUCCAGCAACAUUGUUAGUCAGAGAAUACAGCAAACACACCAGACCCAAACAUGGUAGUGACUUUUCUACGGAAUCAGAAUCUGAUAGCGAUUUGGAAGAGCUUGGCCACAGGGGAGAAUCCGAAUUCUACAGAAGAAAAAUACGGACGUUUCACAAUAUCAUCGAUGUCAAUAAAGACGGCGUGAUAUCUUUCCAUGAUAUGGAACUUCUAAUAGAGAGAUUUAUCGCUUUAGGGAACAUAAGUAGUGACCAUAUCAAUGAAGUUAAGGAUAUUAUCAAGCAAUGGUGGGUCAAAAGAUGGGGUGAAAUUAGUCCAUAUACUCUCAUAACAGUAGAAGACUAUUUAGAAUAUAUGCAUCAUGUUCUGAAUGACAAAGAAUUGGUUAGAAGAGCCCAUUCAUUCAUUCCCUACAUCUUCAGGGCGAUUGACAAAGACCAGUCUGGUGCUAUUUCAUUGGACGAGUACAAACUCUUCUUUCAAUGUCUUGGGCUUCCAGAAAAGGAUGCAAUUCUUGCAUUUAGAACUAUAGAUUCAAAUGGAGAUGGUAAAGUAACCAUGAAGGAGUUUGUUAAACAUGGUAGAGACUUCUUUGUGACCGAAGAUGAAAAUAGGAUCAGCAAAUAUUUCUGGGGACCUCUGGUGAAAUGAAACUCGUUAUCUUGUAGGUUAUCAUAUGAUGUGAAUUUGUCGUUUUUGUACUAUAUUUGUUAUGAUGUAAUGUUUUCGAUGAGUGAUAAAUUUUCUACUCUUAUUAGAUAUUAAAUGUUUUUAUAGAUAUAAAUA